UUUUUUCCAAGAGCAAUUGAUCAAUUAACACUUGCAAAACAAAGCUUAGACAGAAAUCAGGGAUUUUGUGGUACAUAUGCAAAUGAUUCUGGAAAAUUACAUGACAAAGAUAACCAAGAAAAGGAUGAAAAGAAUGAAUUUUAUAUUGAAGAUGAUGACUCUGCUAUUAGUAUUCAAGCAUUGACUAUUUACUUGCCUACAACGAAUGAAAAUGCCAACGAAGAAAAAGAUAAAUCCUAUAUUAAAUACUAUGGAGAUUCUACCAUGAGUAUUCAAGUAUUGACUAAUGUUUCUUUUACUCAAGCAUUUAUUGAUGUUUCUAUCCAAAAUGAUAAUUUAAAGUUUGUUGAAAAGAAUGAACCAGAGAGUGUAGAACAAAUUAAAUACUGA